GGGCUCGUCCCGGAUCGAGGAAGCAUGCGACAUCUACGCCCGGGCCGCCAACAUGUUCAAGAUGGCCAAAAACUGGAGCGCCGCGGGGAACGCCUUCUGCCAGGCGGCGCAGCUCCACCUGCAGCUGCAGAGCAAGCACGACGCCGCCACCAACUUCGUGGACGCCGGCAACGCCUUCAAGAAAGCGGACCCCCAAGAGGCCAUUAAUUGCCUGAUCCGAGCCAUCGAGAUCUACACGGACAUGGGCCGCUUCACCAUCGCUGCCAAGCACCACAUCUCCAUCGCCGAGAUCUACGAGAGCGAGCUGGUGGAUGUGGAGAAGGUGAGCGGGGCGUAGGGCGCCGUGGUUUUGUGACCUUCAAGGACCUUUCCAACCCAGCCAGGGUAGGGUUCCGUGCUUCUGUGACCUUCAAGGACCUUUCCAACCCAGCCAGGGUAGGGUUCCGUGCUUCUGUGACCUUCAAGGACCCUCCCAACCCAACCAGUGUAGGGCUCCGUGGUUCUGUGACCUUCAAGGACCCUCCCAACCCAACUAGUGCAGGGUUCUACGGUUCUGUGACCUUCAAGGACUUUUCCAACCUAGCCAGGGUACAGUUCUGUGGUUCUGUGAGCUUCAAGGACCUUUCCAAGCCAGCCAGGGUAGGGUUCUGUGCUUCUGUGACCUUCAAGGACCCUCCCAACCCAACCAGUGUAGGGUUCUGUGGUUCUGUGACCUUCAAGGACCUUUCCAACCCAACCAGUGUAGGGUUCUGUGACCUUCAGGGACCUUUCCAACCCAGCCAGGGUAGGGUUCUGUGGUUUUGUGACCUUCAAGGACCUUUCCAACCCAGCCAGGGUAGAGUUCCGUGCUUCUGUGACCUUCAAGGACCUUUCCAACCCAGCCAGGGUAGGGUUCUGUGUUUUUGUGACCUUCAAGGACCCUCCCAACCCAACCAGUGUAGGAUUCUGUGGUUCUGUUACCUUCAAGGACCUUUUCAGUCCAGCCAGGGUAGGGUUCUGUGCUUCUGUGACCUUCAAGGACCCUCCCAACCCAACCAGUGUAGGGUUCUACGGUUCUGUGACCUUCAAAGACCUUUUCAAUCCAGCCAGGGUAGGGUUCUGGGAUUCUGUGACCUUCAAGGACCUUUCCAACCCAGCCAGGGUAGGGUUCCAUGGUUCUGUGACCUUCAAGGACCCUCCCAACCCAACCAGUGUAGGGUUCUGUGGUUCUGUGACCUUCAAGGAUCUUUCCAACCCAGCCAGGGUAGGGUUCAACAGUUCUGUAAUCUGUAAGGACCUUUCUAACCCAACUGUAGCAGGAUUCCAUGGUUCCAUGACCUUUAAGGACCUUUCCAACCCACCUGUUUUAGAGUUCCAUGGUUCUGUGAUCUUUAAGGACCUUGCCAACCCAACC